GCAAGGGGAGAGACAGAGAGGAGAGAGGCAUGAGGGGAGGGUGACUAAGUGAAUGCAGUUUGCCAUCGUGCGUCGCCGAAUCCUCGCGAAGUCUCCAGGAAGGCGAAUGGACUGGAUCUGAAUCAACACAUGGAUGUGGGAAAAGUCCACCUUCACAGCAUGUGAGGACUUCAGGGGAGUACAGGAGUACACAGCAGCCUUUUGUCUCCGCACCAAACAGCACUGUGAUGAACCCAAUGGUGAGCCAGAGGAAAAUUACGGACAAGUCAUUUCUCACCCUUGGAACCUAGAGACACGACUCUCAGCGCUCGGACUGCCUUGGAUUACACCUAUUCAAAAGUGCCGGUCUGUGUGUGUGUGUGUGUGUGCGUGUGUCCGAGUGUAUGUGUGCGUUAGCUGAUAAUAGCAGACUCAUUGGUAUUCAGUGGAGGGAGCUCCAGGAUCUCGCUGCGCCUUUCCCCAGGAUGGGAUCACAGAGCAGGGAUUGUGCUCGCCUGUGGAGAGACCACUGAAAUGGAAAAUAAACACUGGAAUCUGCUAGAAUCCUUCUAUCCCCGAUGACACGCUGUGAACCCCCGAGGCCGAGCCCCUUCGGCUGAAGUGCUAAAAAGCCGGCGGUCUCUCAUUUUGAUGCCUGUGUUGACUCACCAGCGCCACGCUCCUGAUACCAUCUGAUUCAUGCCUGUGGUGGUACAGGCAGCCAGCAGACCGUUCUCCAUGAGGAGCAGUAGAAGAUGCCGGCUCUGCCAGCACUGCUGCUGUCGAUACACGUCCUCUCCUUCCUGCUAGUCACCAUGCCGCCACGCUCCCUCAGUCAAACCCCUCUGCUCUCCUCCGUUCGCAUGGCGGCGAUCCUGGAUGACCAGUCUGUGUGUGGGCGUGGCGAGCGGCUGGCGCUGGCUCUGGCCCGGGAGAACAUCAACAGCAUGAUGGAGAGUCCGGCCCGGGCUCGAGUGGAAGUGGACAUCUACGAGUUGCAAAAGGAUUCCCAGUAUGACACUACUGACACCAUGUGUCAGAUUCUACCCAAAGGCGUCGUCUCUGUGAUCGGUCCCGCCUCCAGCCCCGCCUCUGGCUCCACUGUCAGUCACAUAUGUGGAGAAAAAGAGAUCCCUCAUGUGAAGAUUGGGCCAGAGGAAACUCCUCGCCUCCCGUACCUCCGCUUUGCCUCCGUCACUCUGUAUCCCAGCAACGAGGACCUCAGCUUGGCCAUCGGGGCCAUCCUGCGCUCUUUCAGCUACCCAUCGGCCAGUCUGGUCUGUGCCAAGGCCGAGUGCCUGUUGAGAUUGGAGGAACUGGUUCGGCGCUUUCUCAUCUCCCGGGAGACGCUGUCAGUCAGGAUGCUGGAUGACAACCUCGAUCCAACGCCGCUGCUGAAGGAAAUCCGCGACGACAAAGUGGCGACCAUCAUCAUCGAUGCCAACGCGACGGUCUCCUAUCACAUCCUGAAGAAGGCGUCAGAGCUGGGGAUGACAUCAGCAUUUUACAAGUACAUCCUCACCACAAUGGACUUUCCCCUGUUGAGACUGGACGAUAUAGUGAACGAUCAGUCCAACAUCGUGGGCUUCUCCAUGUUCAACACGACCCACCCCUUCUACUUGGAGUUCAUCAGGAGCCUCAAUCUCUCCUGGCGGGAGGGCUGUGACCUCACAUAUCCCGGCCCUGCGCUCUCCUCAGCGCUGAUGUUUGAUGCGGUUCAUGUGGUUGUGGGGGCGGUGAGGGAAUUGAACCGCAGUCAGGAGAUAGGUGUGAAGCCACUCAGCUGUACCUCACCCCAGAUCUGGCAACACGGGACCAGCCUCAUGAACUACCUUCGCAUGGUGGAGUAUGAUGGCUUGACAGGCCGUGUGGAGUUUAACAGCAAAGGUCAGAGGACCAACUACACCCUGCGGAUCCUGGAGAAGCACCGAGGAGGCCACAAAGAGAUUGGGAUCUGGUACUCCAACAACACACUGGCGAUGAACUCCACCAGCCUGGAUAUCAACGUGUCGGAGACGCUGGCAAACAAGACACUUAUUGUCACCACCAUUCUGGAGAACCCGUACGUGAUGCGUAAAGACAACUACCAGGACUUCCAGGGUAACGACCAGUACGAAGGCUUCUGCGUGGACAUGCUGCGGGAGCUGGCGGACAUCUUGAAAUUCUCCUUCAAGAUCAAGCUGGUGGAUGACGGCCUGUAUGGGGCCCCGGAGCCCAACGGCUCGUGGACCGGGAUGGUUGGCGAACUCAUCAACAGGAAAGCAGACCUGGCUGUGGCCGGCUUCACCAUCACGUCAGAGAGGGAGAAAGUUAUUGACUUCUCUAAGCCUUUCAUGACCCUUGGGAUCAGCAUCUUGUACCGAGUUCAUCUGGGGCGGAAGCCGGGUUACUUCUCCUUCCUGGAUCCCUUCUCUCCAGCUGUCUGGCUCUUCAUGCUGCUCGCCUACCUGGCUGUCAGCUGCGUGCUCUUCCUCGCUGCAAGAUUGAGCCCCUACGAGUGGUACAACCCUCACCCUUGUCUACGAGAGCGCAGAGACAUGUUGGAGAAUCAGUACACGCUGGGUAACAGCCUGUGGUUCCCUGUUGGAGGCUUCAUGCAGCAGGGAUCAGAGAUAAUGCCCAGAGCUCUGUCGACCAGAUGUGUGAGUGGAGUUUGGUGGGCAUUCACCCUCAUCAUUAUCUCCUCCUACACGGCCAACCUGGCUGCCUUUCUCACUGUUCAGAGGAUGGAGGUUCCUAUUGAGUCCCCGGAUGACCUGGCCGACCAGACCAACAUCGAGUACGGAACCAUUCACGGAGGGAGCACCAUGACGUUCUUCAUGAACUCCCGCUACCAGACCUACCAGCGCAUGUGGAACUACAUGAACUCCAAGCUCCCCAGUGUAUUUGUGAAAAGCACAGAGGAAGGCAUAGCCCGCGUUCUCAACUCCAAGUACGCCUUCCUGAUGGAGAGCACCAUGAAUGAGUACCACCGCGGCCUCAACUGCAAUCUCACCCAGAUCGGCGGCCUGUUGGACACCAAGGGAUACGGCAUCGGCAUGCCGCUUGGGUCCCCGUUCAAAGAAGAGAUCACGCUGGCUAUCCUCCAGCUCCAGGAGAACAACCGUCUGGAGAUACUGAAGCGGCGGUGGUGGGAAGGAGGCCAGUGUCCCAAAGAGGAGGACCACCGUGCCAAGGGUCUGGGCAUGGAGAACAUUGGGGGCAUCUUUGUGGUGCUGAUCUGUGGCCUCAUCAUUGCCGUGUUUGUGGCUAUAAUGGAGUUUGUGUGGUCCACCCGCCGCUCGGCAGAGAGCGAUGAGGUAUGCCCCCAUACCUGCCCUCGUCGACCCCACAGACACACCCCAGUGUCUGUCUGUCAAGAGAUGAUCACAGAGUUCCGAAACGCCGUCUCCUGUAAGAAAAGCUCGCGCCUGCGUCGUCGCCGGCCGCUGAGCAGCUCGGCCGCCUUGCGCCACCCGGCACGUAUCGCGCUGGGGGCCCCUCGCCCCCUACGCUUGGUCCGGGAGAUGCGCCUCAGCAACGGCAAGCUCUACAGCGGAGCCGGCCCCCUGACAGGGGGAGCGGGAGGAGGGCCGUCAGAUCUCGGUCCCGGACCCCAGCGGAUCCUGGACGACCCCCUGGGAACCAACACCACUCCUCCUCCUCCCCCUGCCCCGACCCCGGUGAUGCUGCCCGCCCGCAGCUGCACCCAUGUGAGGAUUUGCCAGGAGUGCCGGAGGAUCCAGAGCCUGAGACCGGGCAGCAGUAUAGGAUCCACAUCUACAAGAAUACCCCCUUCCUCAGCACCGCUGCCUCGGCUUCCUCCGCCUCCUCCACCGUCCUCGUCCAACACAGACAGUGAGGGAGGAGGGGGCCCCAGUCCAAGGCGGCUACACCACAGUCCGUCCGCUCAUACCCCUCGGACCCUUCCACUCCCACAGAAAAGCAACACAGCAGAUCUGCUGGGGGAUCAAGCUUGAAUCCAGAGGCCAGGAGAGGAGGGUGUCUAAGAGGGAAGGGGCGGGAACAUGUCAGUGAUCAGACUGCUGCAACCAUCACUGUUCAGCUGGGUCCAUUGGAGGGCAGGCAGAUGAAGAUGAAACCACCUCAGAGCGGAGAACAAGGAGUAUGGGGUCUCCACGGCAGCGACCGACGUCAGGUCAGCUUUCAACAGACUCCAGAAACGCUUGCUCGGACCAAUCCGAUGGGAUAUGCACCUGACCAGAUGAUGGUUUUUACUGAUCCCUCCUUUCUUCUCUUUCAUCCUCCCUCCGCCUCAAAUGGGAGGGAUAGAAAACGCCCCCUCCGACAAACUGUGUCUGUAUGUGACUAAAAUCUGCGACUUCAAAACUUUGGGAGAAUUAUUUCCUGUUGUUUUUAUUUUAAUUUCUGUCUUGUUUUUUUUUUUUUUUUUACCAUUGUUCUAAGUGGGAGUUAAAAUAAAGACUAAAUGUGA